CCGGACCCUGCAAAAGCAAAAGAAAAAAACUCCUAAGCACAAUCGCUGUUGUACACAAUCACUCGGGAAUUCUCAUCUCCUCUUGACACUCAAUCUCUUAUCUCAUCCUCUCUAUCAUAAUCAACCAGAAAGAUUCGUAGUCUUUCUCUCAAUCGACAUGACUAGUCGAGCAAGGGGAGGAAGCAGGGAACGGUCCCGAAGAAACCACCAGGCGUCGCCGCAGGAGAAGUCUCUCGGAAGCAGCAAUCCGCCGUCGAGGCACCUGUUUGUGGGGAAUCUCGCUCAAAAUAUUGUGGAGAGUGAUUUGACUCGUUACUUUUUGCGCUUCGGCGAGCUCGACAGUGUAGCAUUCCUGCCAGGUCGAAGCUAUGCUUUUAUUAAUUUUCAGAGAGAGGAGGAAGGCAUUGCUGCGAUGAGGGCGCUCAAUGGAGUCCCGCUUGCGGGCAAUCCGCUUAGGGUUGAGUUUGCAAAGUCGGAUAAGUCAUCAACAACAUUGCCUGGCGAAGAUUACUUGCAACGUAGAGAUGAGCAACAUUCUGCCUCAAGAGGAUCCCCUUUCUUUCAAAGAGAUUCUAGGGCAUUCUAUUCUAGUCCAGAUCCCUUUUACCCUGACAAAUCAAAGUCAGGAGAUAGAAAUGAAGAACCUAGUGAGGUGUUAUGGAUAGGUUUUCAUUCUUUAUUAAAAGUAGAUGAGAUGAGUUUAAGGAAAGCCUUCUCCCCAUUUGGUGAGAUUGAGAAGAUCACGGUUCUCCCAGGUCGAGGUUAUGCAUAUGUUCAGUUUGGAAAUAUAAUGUCAGCUUGUAGAGCUAAAGAAACACUCCAAGGGAAAUUAUUUGAAAAUCCUCGUGUACAUAUUUGUUUUGCAAGGAGUGAAACCGGCCCAUCGAACAGUGGAAGGGGCUCAAUGAAUGUCCAAUUUUCCCCGCAUUUGAAGUCCAACGGUAGCCCAGGAUCUUCUGACAACUUUCGAUGGAACCGGAAGGGUGGGAGUUUACAUGGAGAUCCCACCAUUGGUUCUCCUAGUUUUAGCUCAAGUUUGGAUCCUGUAGAUUCUGACGUGUAUGGUUUUAAUAGGAAAGAAGCUUCUUGGAAUGGUGAACAGUGGAGGCCUGGAGACGUUAGGUUUGAACAAGGAUCAGCACAAGAUAUGUAUGAACGUCAUGGUAGUCCUACCAGAGAAAGAGAUGGUACCUUCCAUGGUUUUCCUCACAAAUUUCCUCAGAAUAGUUUAUUUUAUGAAGAUCAUCCUGACGUAUCAGAAGAUACCGAUUACUUUUGUGGAUUCAAGAAGUUGAAGUUUGGCACCUUUCCUCCCGAUGGGGAGCUUCCUGAGUAUCGUUCCUUGGAACAGAAGAAACAUAGUUUGCCGAGGGCAUUCUCUGAUUUCCCCCGACGUGAGACCUUUGACAAGAACAUCGAGGCUAGGCCUUUUGGAUACAAGCAGAUGCCUGACCAUCCAUUGAAUUCAGUUCUACCUCAUGAAGACACAAACGAUCUCUGGAAAGCGCCAUAUGAGAGUUUCCAGGCAGGUUCUGGUUCUUUGCUGUCAAAUCCUGUUGACGGGAAAAGAAUAACUCCUGAAUCAGACCGACCUGGUUUGAUGGAGUGGAAAUGGGAGGGGACUAUAGCAAAGGGAGGAACUACCGUCUGUCGUGCUCGCUGCUUUCCAGUGGGAAAAGUCAUGGACUUCAUAUUGCCUGAAUUCUUGGAUUGCAGUGCAAGGACCGGUCUAGACAUGCUUGCAAAGAAUUACUAUCAGGCCGCUAGUUCUUGGGUGGUUUUCUUUGUUCCCCACAGUGAUCCUGAUAUUGGAUUAUAUAACGAAUUCAUGCAUUAUCUGGGUGAGAAGCAGCGAGCAGCAGUUGCUAAGUUGGAUGACAAGACCACAUUGUUUCUUGUACCACCUUCUGAAUUCUCUGAGAAAGUACUAAAGGUACCUGGAAAACUGAGCAUUUCAGGUGUUGUUUUAAGGUUAGAGCAUUCCGGUUCCAGUUUGGGCCCCCCUCACCACCCGACUGAGAUAAUGGAUAGAAACUCGUUGCCUUUUCAUGUGGAGACGUCAUUUCCAAAUUCAACAAUACCUGCACGACCGUUCCCAUCCAUAACAUCUGUUCCGGAUUCGGGUAAACUGGCAAGUGACUUAUCAUUUGCUGGGAAUAUGGCUGCAUCAACUCCACCUGCGUCUUUCUCGAGUCCAGCCCAUGGUGUUGGACAUCUGUCUGACUCAUACAGCGAAAAUGGGCAUGACUAUCGAGUUCAUCAGCGGAGCUCUGCAUUAGGACCCAACUGGUCUCCUCACCAUAUACAGAACACAAAUUCUGGUACAAGAAAUGUGCCAUCACAAGCACCUAACAGUUCCAUUGAAAAUGGUCGGCAGAAUCACUCAAUCAUGCCAAGAGGUAUGCAAGAGACGAGCUCUACUCAUUUUGCAGGAGGAACAAGUACUCAAUUAUUUGGAAAUAGAAAGUUGUCGCUUCAGGAAACCAGACCUUUGGUUCCUUUAUCUACGCCUGCUGGGGCUCUGCAACCAGAACAAAUUGCACAGCUGGCAUCAUCUCUUCUUGGGCAACAAAAGCAGUCAGGAAGCAAUUACAAUGUCCCAACGGGAGACGAUAGUAAGCAAACACACACGGCAUAUUACUCUGACAACGAAUUCCGAACCAUGCAGAGAUAUGGAAUGCAGAAUGAUCAGGUAGCUUUUGACACUCCAACAUCUCAGUUUGUUCAAGUGCAGCAGUUGCAGCAUCAGCAGACAUCAAAUGUUCCUGCUACAAUGGCUCCAACUGUUCAAAGAGAAAUCCAGCCCACUGUUCAAGGGAAUUCACAGCUGCAGAGUACCGGAUCACGAGAAGCAGAAGAAGAUCCACAGAAACGCCUCCAAGCAACAUUACAAUUGGCUGCAUCCCUUCUUCAGAAAAUCCAGCAGGGAAAAGGAACUUGAUCUUAUGCAGACUUCAUGCUUUGACAACAAUCUGAAUGGCAAUUGACUAGAUUAGAGUUCCGAUGAGUUAUCAUUCAGAUCCAUUGGUUGGCCAGGGAUCGUGCUGAGUCCCUCCUUUGCGCCGUCUUACUUGACAAAGUCUUUUGCAAUUUUCAUUUUUCAUGUUUGAGAAUUUUCUUUGACCGGCGCCAUUCCUUCCACCCACGGCAGCAUAUGAACUGAACUCUGUUGGCUAUGAAUUUUGCCUUCAGAUGGGGAUAUGGGA